GUUCUCAAAAAGCGGGUAUAUGAAAGUCCGAAAAUGUCAAGUCUUAGCUCACGAAGUUCUCGCCGAAGGGAUGCAACAAACGAUGAACAGUUGUCAGGUGAUCUGCUAAGUGCUGGGACUACGUUUGAACGAACUGGGGAAUCAAGUCGUACACGUGGGAGAACACGACGUAAUCGGUCAGGACACACCGAGCCUACAAGCAAUGCAGAACCCACAUCCGGUCUUCGUACAUCCGAAGUGGAGCCGGGUAGUCCUUUAUCAUACAGCGAUAUGUCUAGUGUGGCGACUGGAGUCGAAGAUGUUUUGAGUUCAGUUCGACCUGGUGUCAAUGAUGAAUUAGCUGUUCGUGCUGUUUUGUCUCAAUCUGGACCACUUGUUCCCGCAACAGGUGUCCCUGGUACUACUGAUGGGUCGACUGCUAGUGGACCUCAGACUGUAAUAUGGGGUACCGAUGUAAACAUUGCUCAAGUGAUGUCAAGAUUUAAACACUUCCUAUUGACCUACAUCCCUCCAGACUUAACUGGACAACCUAAUCUGACAACAGGUCAACCCAUAGAUCCACAAAGACCUCUUUAUCUCCAGCGAAUGGAAGAUCUUGCAAUAUCAGGUUCGACUGCCUUGGACAUUGACUGUGAACAUCUUCGUUCUGCCAGGCCAGAUUUGUAUACACAGUUGGUAACAUUUCCGAAGGAAGUUAUUCCAGCAUGUGAUGCUGCUGCACACGCCUUAUUUUUAGACCGUUUUCGGGAAGUCCAAUUGGAAAGAUCAAUACAGAUUCGUCCAUUCAAUUGUGCAAGAUCUCGAGAUCUACGCAGUCUUGAUCCAGAUGAUCUUGAUCAGCUUGUAACUGUCUCUGGUCUUGUAAUACGUUUAUCCCCGCUCAUCCCUGAAAUGAUGCGUGCAGAGUUCAAAUGUGCCAUCUGUGGUGCAAUGACAUCUGUUCCAUGUGAACGUGGUCGUAUUGCAGAACCGGAAGCGUGCAUACGUUGUCAUUCGGCUCAUACAGCUCAACUACAACAUAAUCGAUGUUUAUUUGUGGAUAAACAAAUGAUUAAAUUACAGGAAUCUCCAGAAAAUAUGCCUGCUAGUCAGACUCCUCAUACAGUACUUAUGUAUGCUCACGAAGAACUUGUUGAUAAGAUUCAACCGGGUGAUCGUGUUAUCGUUACGGGUAUUUAUCGUGCAAUACCACUACGAAUGUCUAACCGACAACGUACUCUUAAAGCGGUUUACAAAACAUAUAUAGAUGUUCUUCAUUUUCUCCGAGAAGGCGAUGAUCGAGUUCAAAAUGAUGGGCUCGCUACUGACGAAAAUACUUCUAGUGAGGAAGCACAUAUUUUACGUCAAUUCACGGAGGAACGUAUUGAAGAAUUUCAUACAUUGGCUCGUAAACCUGAUUUAUAUGAACGACUUGCUGCUGGCAUCGCACCAACAAUUUAUGAAAAUGAAGAUAUUAAAAAGGGUAUUCUCCUACAAUUAUUUGGUGGUACACGUAAAGACUUCAGUGCUAAAGGACGUGGUGAUUUUCGUUCUGAAAUCAAUAUACUUUUAUGUGGUGACCCAGGUACUUCAAAAUCUCAACUUCUGCAGUAUGUAUACCGUCUUACUCCUCGUGGUCAAUAUACUUCUGGCAAGGGAAGUUCUGCUGUUGGUUUAACAGCCUACAUUACAAAAGAUGCAGAAACGCGUCAAUUAACACUUCAAACUGGAGCAUUAGUGUUGGCUGAUAAUGGGAUAUGUUGUAUCGACGAAUUCGACAAAAUGUCCGACUCAACUCGUUCUGUACUACACGAAGUAAUGGAACAACAAACUUUAAGUAUUGCUAAAGCUGGUAUUCUUUGUCAACUUCAUGCUAGAACUUCAAUUUUGGCAGCUGCUAAUCCAAUCGGUUCUAAAUGGGAUCCUAGCAAAACGAUUAUUGACAAUAUACAGUUACCUCAUACUCUUCUAUCAAGAUUCGAUCUCAUUUUUCUUAUAUUGGAUCCACAAGAUGAAGUUUAUGAUACAAGAUUAGCCAGACAUUUGGUUGGGUUGUAUUAUCGUGGUACUACUCCUAGUCAGAUUGAUAGCAGUCAGGAUAUUCCGACCAACAAUAAUAAUAAUACUCGAGGUACACGUAGACCGCGUCCAGGAGCUGUUCUACUGGACAUGGAUAGUCAAACUGAUGAUGAUCCAUCAUUUGUAAACGGAAAACUCUUGAAGGAUUAUAUAGCCUAUGCUAAGAUGAAGUACUUCCCCAAACUAACGGAAGAAGCCGGUGAAUAUUUAGUUCGUGAGUAUGUAGAAAUGCGAAAACUGGGUUCAGGUCGUGGACAGGUAACUUAAUGAUUACUUUAUUGCAUCACCAUUUUUCAUGUCAUCAGUGUUGCAUCAGUUACCUUAUAUACUUUUGAAGACUACAAUACAAAAUAAUUUUUUAUCACAGGUCCUCUAAAUAUUGAUUCUUAUUAUCGGACUUUUUGGCGAUUGCUGAAUUUCAUAGUUCACAUCAUGGACUGAUCUUACUUAAACAACCACUAAAAAACAGGACACGUUCGAAAGCUGUUUCAUCUUAGUGUGGGGCUCCUUAGAAGUGUAAAUCCUCUACUUUACUGGGGAUCUGACCCAGAUCUCGAGGUUAGUACUGCUGAAAAGUCCCAUGUUUUGACUAGUUUUCAGUAGUCUGACUGAUUAGUUCGUGGUGUAAACUAAAAAUAUCGAUUUUCUACUUUUUUUAACAGUUAGUUAGUGUGGCGCAUAUAUAUUGGCGCUCUCUUGUACCAAUAUUUAUGUGUUCAAAUAAAUAAAUAAAUAAAGUUACAGCUUUUGUUGUUACGAGAGAUGCAAAAAAACUAGGAGAACAUGUUAGGAUCAAUACUACUCCUUGGCUUCGUUUUAACUUGGAAUUAUUCUUAAAAAUCAUCACAUUUUCAGGUCGUAUAGCCCCGUUCAUCAAAGGCUAUUUCAAAGUUUGGAUUUUUAAUCCUCCUACAUUGGAGUUCUUGUUCCUUGAAGUUCUGUUAUUCCAAACAGGUCAAUUGAAUGACAGUGAAACCAAAGUAAGAGAUAUACAGUCCGCUGUACUUGUACUGCCAACGGUACUUGGGUUUAAUGGUAGCAUGAUGUUUCGUGCGGACAACAAACGUGUCCAUCCAUGAUAUGAUAUCUUUUCACAAAUGAAAGUGGGGUUUAAAAAUAGGUCUAUAGAAUUUAAUACUCAGAACUCAAUUUCGACCAGUGUUUGUUGGUGGUAUAUGUGCAUGCUGUUCUGAUAGCCUCGAUAUAACCAUUUUAUCACAGUUUUUAUAGAAUAAGUAGAUUGUAGCUAGCAGUUAAAUCUAAGACGCACGUUUCGUCUUACUUGGAUCUCGUCAUUUGGAUGUGCCUACAUCGUACUGUUGAUGCUAAUAUACUGACUCAAACCCUUACAACUAAAUACCAUAUCCUUUAAAUAGGUUAGUUGGAUUAUGAACCGAGUAGAUCAAUAGAUAAUGAGUUGGUGUUUAAAUCAAAUGGCAUUAAGUUCGUUUUCGGGAGUGUAAAGUGACACUGGGAUGCAGGCAUAUUCAGCUGACGAAUGCUAAAAUGAAAUUUACAUCCCGCAUUUUAUUUUUAGCUAUCAUCAGUUUAUCGUUUAAAUGUGUAGAGUUGUUUUAGAAACGGAUUACCAGCGUUUUAAAGUCUGUAAGUUAUUCAAAUUUACAAUAUUUAUCCAAAAAUAUUGAAACACUUUAAUGAAUUCUACUCCCACUCACACCUUUCAGCCUCAUGUAGGAGCAUAGCCGCCAACCAGGUGUUUUUGUGACUUCGAUCGCCUGAUCUACUAAGGGGGAUGGGACAGUGCAUGACGUUAUUUUUGUGUGUGACAAGUCUUCUUAUUGAACACUUGAAUCGGUUUCCUAAGCUCUUUAAUAACCCGAGGCUAAAUUUACACGGGGAAUACGGCGCGUAAUAUGAGAAAGGUCUUUACUCCAAGGUUAGGUUAUGUACAGAAAACCGAGAGUACUUAUGGUAUUUCAGAUGACCUUAGGCUUCUGAAACCAUAAUAAACAUAGUAGCAGGACAGAUCACCAUCCAAUUAGAAAUGUGACUUGCGACUCUUCAAUUUCUGUAUGUUUCCGAGAAAAUUUUGUUCAACGAUGAUUAGAUAAAAUGCUUCCCGGGAUUUCCGGGGCCGUUCUGAACUUUUUCGAGGAAUACUUGGGAUCUCUCCAACAGUGUGCUAAGUUCAAAGAGAGUUGUAUGCUAUAUGAAUGCAAUCUACCCCGUUAUUGUUCCUAACUUGAUUUCCAGUCUAAUACAAAAAUGAUAAUUAUUAUAAUUUCAUAUAACGUACUUCAUACCUGAUAAGACGAACACAAGUUUUAAUAUCACUAUGUAUUGUACUGUAAUAAACUUUGGUAUUCUCACCAUUAGUCUCGUUAGUUUCUAUCUAGUUUAACUUAUAAGGUAUACAUAAAACUUUCUUAUGUUGUAUUAUUACAUUUCUAUUCUAUUUCAUUCUCAGAAUGUAUUACAAAAUUGAGAUGAAUUUGUUUUGUUUUCUUAUUCUCAUUUAUUCUUGUAAUUAACUCUUAUAAUUUUCAUAUUUAUUAUUAUUAAUACCAACCUUAUAAGAUAUCCGCAUAUCCUCGUCAACUUGAAUCACUUGUACGUUUAGCUGAAGCUCAUGCUCGUUUACGAUUAUCAAAUCAUGUUACGGCUGAUGAUUGUCGUGAAGCUCGACGUUUACAACGUGAAGCGUUAAAACAAGCAGCUAUUGAUCCGCUUACUGGUACUAUCGAUAUCAAUAUUUUAACAACAGGUAUCAGUAGUAGUGUACGUAAACGACGUGAAGAAAUGGCAAUGGCAAUAUGGUCACUUCUUGAAGAACGUCCUCGUGUAUUAACUUUUGUUUAUUCACGUGUAUUAGAAGAUUUACGUGCACGUUCUGAACGUAUGAUUACACGUGAAAAUUUUGAAGAUGGAUUAAAUUUCUUAAAAAAUACAAAUAAAAUUGAUUGGGCUGGAAAUACUAUACGUAAACGUUAGAAAAAUAACAACUUUUAAUUCUCUUUUUUUUUGUUGGUAUGCAAUUGUUUUCUAUUCGAAAAAACUACAAAAAGAACAACAACUUUUACAGUGCAGAUUUUCGUUUUUUUUUUGUAUUUUUUGUUUGUUUGUUUAAAUAAAGUGUUUAUUAUAUUAGA